GCACCUGUAUGGACAUGAGGUCUGUGACUCCGUGUUGCUUCUGGGACAGAGAAGCAGCAUCAGGAGCAGAGUCACACACAAGUGUUUGUCCAUUGUCCACUGGAAACACAAAGACAGCUUGUAUGAAUUUACAGGGAAGCAAAUAUGUUGUUUCUGUGCAUCAUCUGCAUGCUGCAAAAAACUGACAUUAAUGAGUUAUGCUAUUUUCUUUAGAUUUAGUAGCAUAACAUACCUGUGUGUUUCCAGGAACACGCAGCCCUGAAUCAGAUCUCCUUGUGGAUCCCCGGGGGCGCACUGAUACAAAGUGCAAACGUCAACAAGCCAGAGUGAGGCAAGACAAAACCUUUGUGAAGAGAUGGCCAACCCAGGAAUUCAGCUCAUCGGCUUCACACUGGCCUUCCUUGGCUUCAUCGGCUCCAUAGCAUCCACAGUCAUGGUGGAGUGGAAAGCUUCGUCCUAUGCAGGAGACAACAUCAUCACGGCUCAGGCCAUGUACGAGGGACUGUGGAAGACCUGUGUUUCACAGAGCACGGGUCAGAUUCAGUGCAAAGUCUAUGACUCUCUUCUGCAGCUACCAGGGAUUGUUCAGGGCGCUCGAGGCCUGAUGCUGUCCUCUAUCUUGCUUUGCUUUAUUGCAACCAUGGUGUCGAUGGUGGGCAUGAAGUGCACCACCUGCCUGGGGGAUCAGCCGGAGCAGAAGGACAAGGUGGCGCUGACUGGCGGGAUCAUCUUCAUCAUUUCUGGUCUGCUUGCUCUGGUUGGAACAUCCUGGUACGGGCACAGAAUAGCACAGGACUUUUACAACCCAUUUACUCCCACUAAUUCAAGGUAUGAAUUUGGAAGUGCUCUGUAUGUGGGAUGGGGCGCUGCAAGUCUCGUCAUCAUCGGGGGGUCCUUCCUCUGCUGCGGCUGCCCCGCCAAAGACUCAGGCAAAUCUCCACGCUACCCAGCGUCCAACUCUGGCGGAGCGACGGGCAGGGAUUACGUGUAGAGGGGCCAUCCCUCCCUUCAGCCUCCGCUCAUGGAGGAGUGAGACACAGCAUGUGUGUUCGAAGCUGUUAUAAGGGCUGUUUGUUCAUAGUUGUUGGGGGAAUAAAGGUUUUGGUUUCGUCCAUAUGAGAAUAUCAUUUGUUUUUGUUCUGACACUUUCACAUGUGAACAAUGAAUUGAUAGUAGAAAUGACAGCAACAAUAAAUGCUAUAUCUUAAAUGUCACUUGAAAUUGUAUUGUAAACCAUAAUCAUUCAGUAAGAACUCUAUUUGUUUAUUUUUCUAGUGUUUUUUGCAUUAUAAUAUUUUUUUUGAAUUUAAAUAUCACAAAAAGUAUAACUUUGCCCACAAGAGACAUCUCAGGGGUCUGUACAGUCUUUGCAGCUAAUAACCACUUUAGUUAGAUUUGUGUAGCUUUGCUUUGUUUGGAUGCUUCUUGAUUAUUGGAUCACAUGUAAAAUAAAAUCUUUGUUACUCUAAUAUUA